AGAAGAUGCCCAUUUUUGCAUCAAAUGUCAUAUUACAAUUAUUGGCCUAGAUAACUAUAUCAACCACAGAAAAGCAGGUUGCUCCAAAAAUGUAACAGAACCUCCCAAAUCACCUCUACCCAGUCAACUAUUACCUCCAGACGAAUCUUUCAAUUUAAAAGCUGAUGAUUUUUUCUCUUCUCUCGAACUAAGGAGUAGCUCUAAAAAGUCUGAAGUCCAAUCUACGUCUGGGAAAAAUUUUAGUGGAAUUUUGACAAGAAGUAAAACUACUGCGGUGAUACAGGCUUGUUCUACACAAACUGCCAAAGAACCUGAACCCCAACAGUCAAAAUCUGGAAAAAACGUCUGGAUUGGCGGUCAUCAAUUAAAAGAAUUAGGAUAUGGAGACAACCAAUCCAAACUCAUUACAGCCGUCGAUAAUCUUGAAAGAAGAAAAGAGGAACCUCCAAGAUUAGAGGUCUACGAAGAUAGCGAAGAAGAUUCGGAAGAAUAUGAUUACGACGUUGAAGAUAGUAGCAGCGAUGAUCAAGAUGGACCUCCAAGACAUCAUACUGGUGGAAAAUGGAAACCAUCUUCUCCAAUCCAAUGGUCCAGGAACACAGAAAGAGACUGGAAUUAUCCUCCUCCAAGUUUUACUGGAGGAAAAUGGAAACCGCCACCAACUCACACCAAAGGAAAAUGGAAACCAACUUUUCCGCCAAAAGAAGAUUACAAUAACCCACCGCCAUCUUUUACAGGAAGCAAAUGGGUUUCUAAGAAGACUGAUGAUCUCGAUGUACCACCACCUACGUUUACUGGUAGUAAAUGGGUAGCAUCAAAAAAACAAGACCAUGAAGUACCUCCUACAACACAUACUAAAGGAAAAUGGAAACCACGAGGCGAAGAAGAACAAUAUGCAACUGGUGGAAAAGGAAAAUGGAGACCUCCAGAAAGCGCGGAAGAAGAAACACUUCUUCCAAAUUGUACUAAAGGGAAAUGGAAGCCUAAAGGAGAUGAAGAGCAGUAUGCAACAGGUGGUAAAGGCAAAUGGAAAGCUGUUGAAAGUUUGGUGGAAGAAGAAUCACUUCCACCUAAUUACAUUAAAGGAAAGUGGAAGCCACGUACCGAUGAUGAAGAUUAUCCCCGUUCAUCUCAAGCCAAGGAAAAAACUAGAAUCGAAACCGAAGAUACUCCACCAGCUAAUUACACGAAAGGAAAAUGGAAACCAAAACCACCAGUUGAAACUAACAUACAACCAUCAACAUCCAAGCAUCAAAUAGAAAGAGAAAUACCAGAAGAAAAUUACAGUAAAGGAAAAUGGAUACCGACAUCAACCAACGAAACUAAAUCUUCCAAAAAAAUAACCGACAAUUCCUUUGUCAGAAAAUCAAGCGGAUCUAUUCAGUAUUGGUGUAAUCCUUGCAACAGGAGACUGGCCUCAAAAAUCGUAUACGAAAGACACCUGAAAUCCGAGUUACACUUUAAAAGGACUUCCCGAGACAGAGAAUUCGAUGAUACUGAUGAACUAUCUCUGAUGACCCAAACAAGACGGACGAAACCUACACCACCUGAACACAUUUUUAGUAACCAGGACACUGAAACUCAAAAUAAGAAGAGAAAGAGGAAGAAGCAGUUCAUAAAGUGUGAAGUUUGUCAUUCGAAAGUCAAGAAAUUCAUGAUUGGAAAGCAUCUCAUAUCUCACUACCAUUGCAGGAAGGGAGAUAUAAAAUCAGAAACAGCAAAAAGUAUGGUAUUGGAAAAUAUUCAUGGUAUAGUUUUAGAAAGCCCCUUCCAGUGCAGCAUCUGUAAAUUUUACUGCAAUACUCAAGAAGACUUUUUACGUCACUGGCUAUCACCUGAACAUAUCAGCAGGCAAGCUCCUGGUUAUUUCUUUUGCAUCCUCUGCAAGUACCAGUCAUUCGAUACCAAACAAAUGUAUGAUCAUUUAAUUUCUUCUGAACAUAUGGAGGUGGUAUCUGUCAUUAACAGAUCUGUACCGAUAGUGAUAAAGAAGAUGAAUCCUACGCAAUGCUCAACUUGUGGCCAAGAAUUCCUGCUCAACGUACAACUUUUAAACCACUGCAAGAAACUGAACCACGAACAUGCACAGUUAAAAAAAUUUACAAACGAAUACGUCUGUGAUCUGUGCGGUGUAGGUCUUUUGUCCAAUGAAGCACUUAGACGACAUAAAAAGAAUAUUCAUAAACAGAAGUACUACAUUUGUACUAUUUGCAAUUUGAAAUUUGAUGAUAUCGCUGAAGCUAGAUCUCAUAGAACCUCUCUAGAACAUAAGUAUGCAAACGUGAAAAAGAAUAGUAAGGGUGGAACUUUAAAGAAGUGUCAAUAUUGUGAGGCUGGAUUUGCAAAUUUUUUGUUAUUGAAGAACCAUUUGAACAGUGCUCAUCCUGAUCAUAAUAUUAGGUGUCCACAUUGUGGGGCUAACUUCACCAUAGCCCAAGAGCUAACUUCUCACCUCCGUUUAAAUCUCUGUAAAUUCGAAGACAGGCCCGCGGUAUCCGAAGACACUCUUCAGUGCGAAAGGUGUCCAUAUUUCUCGAACUCCGUCUCAGAAUUGAUAUUUCACAUGGCUUUACAUGAAGAACCUCUAACGCUCUUCCAUGAACCGUCCGGUUCCGAAGGCAAACAAGUAAAAAUGCUCGUUAAAUAUAAGUGUCCGGUUUGUGAAAAAGAGUUUCCGAAAAAUUCUUUGCACGCGCAUAUCAGACAGCAUACUCAAGAGAAACCUUUCGAGUGCAAGUUAUGCGGCAAAUCCUUUGCUAGGAAAAAUAAUCUUCAAUACCAUGUAAGGAACCAUGAAAAAAGCCAACAGGCCAAAGUGAAGGCCAAGGAAGUUUCACCGGAUAAGGAAUUUUUGUGUUACAUUUGUGGAGCCAAAUUCAAGAAAAGGUUUAUUCUUCAUCAACAUAUGCAGAUACAUACAGGAAAAUUGUGCAAGUGUCCCCAUCUAGGUUGCAUAUACACCGCCAGACAAAUGAGCGAACUAAAGGAACAUUUCAAGAUUCAUCUUAAUGAAAAAAAAUUCUCCUGCGACAUGUGCGAUUAUAAAGGAAAAACGAAACCUCAUUUAGUCAGGCAUAUGACCAUACAUAAAGAUGUAAAAAAAUAUAAUUGUCCUCGAUGUUCUUUUUCUACAAAAAAUUCUCAACAUUUGCGAAGGCAUUUGAGAAUACAUACAGGGGCUAAGCCAUACAGCUGUCCACAUUGUGACUAUAAAUGCAGUAAUUUGGAAAAUCUACGAAAACAUGUCCUUUCUACCAACAAACACGUAGGAAAAUUUCUGUACGAAUGUCGAUUAUGUCCAGAUGAUUCAAGAGCCUUCCAGAGCAACUUCGCGAAAGAGUUCAAAGUCCACUUGGUGACAGCCCACCAAGAUAUGUUCAACAGCAACACAGAAGCAGCUUCCUACGUUGCUGGAAUAUAUGACGUGCAGGAUGACAGUACGCACAUUUUUGGUGACCAACGUGAACAAGGUGACCUGAAUCAUUCAUUUACCUCUGAAGAACCAAAGGAAAACAUUUUAGUACUAAAUACAGACGAAGACCCUAUAGUUUGUCAACCUGAUGUACCUACUGCUUCAAAAGAUACAUUUGUUAUCGAAAAUCUUCAAGAUUCCUGGAAUUUAGUGGGAAGGUAUGAUGUUGAAGAAGUGUCUGGGACUUUAAUACCAUUUGAAAGUGAUAGUGAAAGUCUGUUUCAAGAACAUUUUUAGAUAUUUAACUAUUUAUUUCUGUUUUAUACCAAUUCAUAUUAAAAUAAAAAAAAUAAAUGAGUU